CUCGAGGCUAUAGCUGGCAUGGAUCUAGGGACAUCCUUGUGCAGGUUUGUUAUAUAAAUACAGUCGUACAUACAUACAUACUGCUUUAGCAACUGAUAUUGCGUUGAAUGUUCCGUCCAGCAUUCCUGAAUCAAUUGACGCGGCGUAAGCUACCUCUCGCAACCGUUCGACACUACAGUAGAACAGUCAGGAUGUCUAUGAAGGCAAUUUCUUCCAAAGAUGCUGCGGCCCUGGACAAGGACCUCAUGGAAAUUGGGGGAUUUUCCUUGGAUCAACUGAUGGAACUUGCCGGACUGUCAGUUUCACAAGCUGUGUAUCGCGUCCAUCCCCCAAGCGCAGGGAAGAACAUCCUUGUUGUCUGCGGCCCAGGAAACAACGGAGGCGACGGCCUCGUCGCGGCCCGCCAUCUUGCCCAAUAUGGUUACUACCCUUCCAUCUACUACCCCAAAGAAGGCAAAAAGGAGCUCUACCAGCGCCUCAAAACUCAACUCCACAAUCUCUCCGUCCCCUUUGUACCGGACUUCACCGAAGCUCUUAAGUCAGCCGAUCUUGUCGUCGACGCCAUAUUCGGGUUUUCCUUCGGCGGUCCACUCCGCGAGCCAUUCCCAUCCAUCAUUUUGCAGAUGGAGUCAACAUCUGUUCCGAUUCUGAGUGUUGAUGCACCGAGUUCUUGGGAUAUUCAGGCAGGUCCCCCCAAGGAAGGACCUGGGGCUAAGUUCAUGCCUCAGACGCUGAUCAGUUUGACUGCGCCGAAGCCCUGCGUGAAGUAUUUCACGGGCAGGCAUUUCCUUGGUGGGAGAUUCCUGACCAAGAGCAUUCUGGAGAAGUAUGGGUUGGACUGUCCACAGUACCCGGGAGUCGAUCAGAUUGUGGAGCUGGGUGUUGAUGCAGAGGGACGGCUGUGAAGAUAUCCUUAAAACAAGAUGAUAGUCUGGGCCUCUAUUAAUGGAAUAAAUACAUAACUGCAUUUUCUCGUGGGAAAUCUGCUAUUUUGAAUAUGAUGCUUCCCAUUGCUACUAUCUGA